AAUUGUUAUUAAUUGGUAAAAGGAUAUUCCUUGAUCAAAUUUUUUAAAAUUAUUUUUCUUCUUUGUUGAAAUAUUGACAAAUUGUAUGUUAAAUUCAAAAUAUCAUAAAUUUUAAUUAAACGAUUAAAUAUUUUUUAUAAAUAAAAAAAAAAUCAAUUAAAAUGAAUGAUUAUCAAGGAAAUCCUGAACCAAACGACGAUAAUGUAAUGUGUGAAGAAUAUUUGCAUGAUGAUCUAGAGUAUGAAGAUAUUGUUCAGUAUGAUACAAAAACACAAAAUUUUCAAAACUUCUUAACAGAAUUAAGACAGUCUCAGAGGUUAAUGUCUCAACUCAGGGAAAGUGAUUUAAAAUCAAUUGCAGGAAUGAUGUCGCGUUCUGUAGUAAAUAGCGAACCUAGAGCAUUUUCGAGUUCAAGUAAAAAUGAAAUUCAUAUCACACCUUCAGUAAAAUCAAAUAGAACUAUUGCUCUCAAACAUUCAAUUGAUUUAAUCCCUGAAUUUGACGGUGAAAAUAUCUCAAUUGAAAAGUUUUUGCAAGAAUGUCGCGACGCAUCAGACAACACUGACCCAGAAAAUCACUAUUUGCUUUUAAAAUAUAUUUUGAGAAAAAUUAAGGGAAAAGCGGCAGAUUUUAUCUCCCAUGCUCAAAUACAAUCUUUAGACCAAUUGUUCAAAGAACUACAGGAAGCAUACUCCUUUUCGUACGAUUUUUCUACGAUAUUUUUACAGGUUGCUUCCCUCACUCAACAACCAAAAGAAACAAUUCACUCCUACGCGGCGAAAGCUAGAAAAUUCCUUUUUCAAUUAAAUGAGUAUUCAAGAAAAGAAUUGCCUUCCAAUGAAUCGGCAUCUAAAACACUUGAAUAUAAUCAGCAUGUAACAAAAGCAUUUUGUCGUGGACUUCUUCCCGAACUAGAACAUCGCGUAAAUACGAAAUGUCCCUCAAACUUAAAACAAGCGAUAGGAUUUGCUCUUCAAGCAGAAAAUCUUGUAUCAUUAUUAACAAAUAGAAAAUUAGAGGAAGCUGAUUCAUCUACGACAAAUGAAGAACCACCCUCUAAAAAACAGAAAACGGUUUCAAACAUCGAAAAAGAUGAACAAAAACAAUCGUCCAACAAUCAUGGUUGUUAUGUUUGUGGUAAAAAGGGCCAUAUUUCUCGCAAUUGCUGGCACCGCGCAGGUUCUACUCAUAGUAAUAAAGAUGAUAAAUGCAACAAUUUUUUAAAUAAGAAAGAACAAAGUAAUGAUAAAAAUAACGUUAAAAACAAUAAUAAUAAAAGCAGUAAAGAGGAGUGUGAGUAUUGCGAGAGAAAGGGCCAUUCUACCGACAAAUGCUACUUAAAAAGAAUUGAAGAACUUGAAAAACUCUAAAUCGGUCUAUGUAAUUCUUGAUUCUUAUAUUUAUUUUAACGGAAAAUGAAUUACUUUUAUUCUUUUCUCAGCUGAAAGAUUUUGAUGGUCACAAUUCAAGAUUAAUUAAAUUGCACGAGGUGCAAGAAAUUGCAGUAUCGCUUGAGAAUAUGAUCACGACAUUGCAUAUAAAAAGAGUGUAAUAAACACUAAAGCAGACGCAUUAUCGCGAGAUCCAUGUGACAUAGUUGGGGAAACUCAGCAGGGGUUAAAAUAUGACAGAACAUUAAAAAUGACGAAUUUAAUCCUAUUAAAAUUGAUUCAAAAUCAUUACACGAGGUGCAAGACACCUGUGUUUCCUAACGAUUCCAAUGACAAUCUAUGAAAUAAUUCAUGAAUAAAAGCUGUUUUUCUCAAUGUUCACUGGGAUAAUUGCUUUAAUGAGUCUGAAAAGAAACAAAAUUUUAUAUGUAAUGACGAUGAUCUAAAUAAGGGAAAUAUUAAUGAUACAAUUUUCACUGCAAAUCAGACUUAACUAUCAAGUCUUUCCAAUUGCAAAUUUUGGUUCUGAACGCAGAAACUAUCUCUCGUCAGACCAUGAGCAUAGUGUCGUGGGUGCCGGCUAUGCUAGGGCUGCAUGUGAUGAAAUUCAUCCAUGGGUCAAAGAAGAGGCAGCAUAUAUUGCUGCGAGCAAAAUAACGAUCGUAUCUUGUGGUAAUUGGAACAGUGAAAUCCCUAUAGAAAUUGAAAACGAAUGUUGUCAAUUUCGAAUAGUUUGAGUGAUCUUGAAUUGGUGAUUAAAUCUGAAUCUGAAAAGAAAGAUUGAAUUAUUGAAGAUUAGGGAAAUUACAAUACAACGGUUUAUAAAUAAUAAACAAUUUCCUUACUUUUUUGUAGACAAUAUUCUUUCAAAUAAAACACAAUAAUGUGCUUUCUGUCUAACAUAG